GUUUUCAAUAAUCGUCAAGUGAGGAAUAGCAACUACACACAUCUCAGGCAUUUAUCUAUUGCUUUUCGAGACGUCAAUAAAUUUUUAGUUUUUAAAUAAUAUUCUAUAAGCUUUAGAAAUGGGUAAGCACUUUGGAGAAUUAGCUAAAGUUCGAGGUAUCAUCACAUACAAAUUAUCUCCAUUCGAACAAAAAGCAUUCGCUGGUGUUGUAUCACAAGGUCUACCUAAUGUCUUUCGACGAGUACUAGCCAACGUAUUGAGGGUGGCACCACCAUUCGCCCUCGCUUAUUUGGUAUACGACUGGGGUGAAAAAGAACACGCCCGAUUACAACGUAAAAAUCCAGCCGAUUAUGCAAACGAUGUUUAAAUUAAAUUUUUAAAUGUUAUUUAAUAUUUUAGUGGAAGCGAAUAUAGUGUACAUACAUUUAAUGUAAUAAAUUAUAAAAAAUUUA